GUCAGAGAUUUUUACAAUCGAGCAACCGCCAAUUUCGUGCAUUUAAUCCUUUAUAUAUUGUUACAUAGCUUAUUUUAUCGUAUGUAGCAUUAUAUACGUCUGUAUAUUUCAAUGUGUAAGGCGCCAUGGCAAUGUUCAACGAGUUGACGUUCUCAGCGUCUAGUCAACCGAAGCCCGCUUUGGCCAAGUUACGGAACAUCCUGAACACUCCGCGCUUCUGCACGCUUUGCUACGAGUCCGCGGUGCAGCUCCAGGAUCUAGACAACUGUCCUCUCGUGGACGGGAGCGAUAUCUGCACACUAACCCUCCGGCAAAUACUGCACGAAUUGUUUCAAGACGCGGGUUCCCGAAUCGUUCUCAGCAAAUAUAUCUGCGACCACUGCCAGGCCAAGCUUGUCUACUCCUACCAAUUCAUACGCUCCGUGAACAACAGAGCCGAAAACUUCAACUACUAUCUCACUCAGCUCGACUCGGAAACCAUAGACCUGCUCAACUGUAUGGCAGACAACCCGGCGUGCGCUAAUGCUGUCAUAGUCUUGGAAGAAACAGCAUCCAAUGAAAACGGAUUAGAAAAACUUGAGAAAUUCAAGUGGCACAAUAACCAACCUGUAAAAGAAAAAGUCCACAUCAUUGAGCGUCCUUCAAGGCAUUUAAUAACGAAAAACUAUAGGUGCGGAUACUGCAACAAGGAAUUCUGCGAUAAAAAGUUCCUUUUAACACAUUUCAAUACUUGCGGCUUGUGCAAAAUUGAAGCCGGUUUUAAUGUUGAAAACAGCGUUCCGUUUGAGAAUAUCUUAUGCCCAAAAUGCAAGAAAAGACCAUGUGAGCAUGAGAAGUUUAUUAAAUACUUUUUCGAUCAAAAAGAGGAUGCCGUUGUAAAGACAAAAUGUCUAGAAUGCCCUUAUACCGCAUCUAUGCUGCAAACGCUGAUAUCCCAUGUUGAUAAAAAACAUAUGGAUAUGUUAGCUGACAACUGUGAAUUAUGUGGCAAAUUAUUUUACUUGAGAGAACAGUAUUUUAGCCAUUUUGAUACAUUCCACCCGGACUACAAAAUAUGCUUUUACUGUAGCUGUGUUAUUCCCAGCGAGAGCUUGUAUGAGCAUGAAGCGGAAUGCACAGUCACCGAGAAAACAUACAGUUGUGACAAAUGCCCUUCUAAAUUUGAAAACGAUAUGCAAGCUUCCAUACAUGCUAUGGCACAUGAAGAUAUACCAAAGAAACCCAAAAAAAUAGUUCUGAAGCGGUCAUACUCCUGUCCGCUUUGCAAGGAAACAUUUACCGGUAAAUUGAAAUUACAGAAACAUUGCAAUGACGCUCACGGAGUGGAAUCCUACAGAAACAACCACUGUCAAUUCUGCGAUAUCAAAUUUACAACGAAAAAGGAGUACUUGUUGCAUAUUCGUGAGAUGCAGCAUUUUGCUGACAUUAAUCCGAAUCACAGUUACCGCCACAAAUGCCAGUAUUGUGACUACACAGCGAGACAUAGUUUCAUUUUGAAGACACAUAUGAACCGUUAUCAUUUAAAAGUGAUGCCGUUUGAGUGUGAUAUUUGCAACAAAAGAUUUUUAGAUAAAAGAAAGCUAAAGGCUCAUAUAGACAGACACAUGGGCAAGGGUAAGACGGUGUGUUCUAUAUGUGGUGAUACGCUUGGGAGCACGACUGCUCUUAUUAAACAUACAAGAUUACAUACUGGGGAGCGACCGUACCCAUGCCAUCUGUGUGAUGUUAGCCUAAAUUCUGCCAGCGAACGUAAAUUCCAUGUCCUACGGAAACACACAGAGAAGACCCACCCAUGUCCGAUCUGUGAAACCAAGUUUCACACACCAUACUUUGUUAGAAGGCAUAUUCAACAAGUACAUUGGAAAAGGAAAGAAAAGUUUGACCACACGAAGGUAGAGGGACUGAAGCCGGAACAUUAUGAACUGUUCAGAGAUAGAAGAAUGGUCGUUUUAUAAUAAAGAUAAAAACCGUAAUAUUUCUUAGAUUAAUUUACUAAUAUUAAUUUAUGUUUCAAAUGCAGGCGCGGAACAUUGAUUAUAUAUUAUAUUGUUUUAAAUUCCGCGCCUGUUUUUAAUUAUGAAAAUAGGUAGGUUGGCAAGACUAAAAUGUUUUAUGUUAUGCUGAGUUUCCGUGUUUGCCCCACUUCGGCAACCCAUAUACAAUAAGUUUGGUCAUAGAAGAGUAUUUAUAGAUGGUCAAGCAAAUCUUGUCAGUAGAAAAAGGCGUGAAAUUCAAAUUUUCUGAGACGAUAUUCCUUCGCGCCUACAUUUUUCAAAUUUGCCGCCUUUUUCUACUGACAAGAUCUGCUUGACCAAGUAUAUAUGGUAUUGUUUUCUGUCGAACAAGCAUUGAAACUCAACAUUUUUAGCAUCAAGCUAUUCCAGCUAGUAUUUAAAAAUAUUGCGUCAUGUUUAAGAUUUUCUUAAAUAGCUUGGCAAUCUUUAUUCGUCAAGCAGUUUUUAUUAAGUCUUGAAUAGCUUUUAAAUAAAUACCAUUUGGCGCCAAAUUGGAAUUUAAUUUCAUAGAAAUCAAACAAAAUGAUCAAAGUAAAUUUUUAUUGAUUAUUCGUUGUACAUAAGCGACUAUAAUUAUAGAAUUAUAUUCAAACUUAACUAAGAAUAUCUUUGUAAAACAAUAUCUUCAAUUUUUCGAAAUCCGAACAGUUAUCAAUUCAUGCAAGUUUACAUUUUAAACUAAUUUGCUAGUAAAAUAAGCAAACGGUGAAAUACUGAUUUCCUUUCGCAAUUGGAAGAUUAAGUAUCAUUUUCUUGGAAGAACUAUAUUUAUUUUAUAAACGUAAAUUUAAAUAUUUUCCCAAUUUUAAACUAUCGAAAUAGUCACUUACAAUCACAUUUACAUCUUGUCUUAAUUUAAUUUGUGUUUUUGUUUACAUAUAAAUAAAUAUAUUUUUGAGUAAUGCA